AUGGAUUCCAAUAUCACCACUGAACUAGUAGCCUCUUCGCCUUCUCCUUCCACCAAUUCUUGGAAAUAUGAUGUCUUUCUUAGUUUUAGAGGUGCGGAUACGCGCUACAGCUUUACAGACCAUCUGCACAGCAGUUUGCUACGCAGGGGAAUUAACACCUUCAUGGAUGAUGAUCAACUCGAAAGAGGACAAGAUAUAUCAGAAGUGCUUAAUCAAGCAAUUAGAGAGUCGAGGAUUUUUAUCAUCAUAUUCUCUGAAAACUAUGCCUCAUCAAGUUGGUGCUUGGAAGAGCUUGCUAGGAUCAUUGAAUAUAAGAAUCCACAGCAGCAAAUUGUUAUCCCGGUUUUUUACAAAGUGGACCCCGCACAUGUAAGAAACCAAAGGGGCCCGUUUGAUGAAGCAUUUGUUCAACAUGAAAGCAGAUUCAAGGAUGAUUUGGAGAAGGUGUCGCGAUGGAGGGCGGCUCUUAAGGAAGCAGCAAAUUUGGCUGGGAUGAAAGUUAACAAUUUUGGGCAUGAAUCCAAAAUUAUUCAUGAAAUCACUGAAAUGGUUUUACUAAAAUUAAACCGUGUCUAUUUGACAUAUGGGACGAACUAUCCAGUUGAAAUAGAUUCUCGUCUACAAGAAAUGAAUGAUCUUUUAGGUGAUGGAGUAACUGAUGUUCGCAUGGUAGGGAUAUGGGGGAUGGGAGGAAUUGGUAAGACAACACUUGCUAAAGCUGUUUAUAAUUCAGUUGCCCAUAAAUUUGAAGGUUCCUGCUUUUUGGGAAAUGUUAGAGAAAUUUCAGAGGCACAAGGAGGCUUAGUCCGACUACAAAAGACUCUUCUUCAUAACAUUCUCGGGCUGAAAAUAUCAAUCAAAGAUGUUUAUUCAGGAGUUAAUAUCAUUAAGAGAAAGUUGUGCGACAAAAGGGUUCUCCUAAUUAUUGAUGAUGUGGAUGACUUGAACCAGUUAAAAUACUUAGCUGGAAGCUCUGGUUGGUUUGGUGUGGGCAGUAGAAUUAUCAUAACAACAAGAAAUCUACAUUUUCUUCAUGCUCAUGGAGUUGACUUCACAUACUUAGUGAGGGAGGUAGAAUCUGAUGAAGCUUUGGAACUCUUCAGUUCUAAUGCCUUCCCAACAAGUAGACUUCCGGAUGAUUAUCAAGUACUCGCACGUAGAUUCGUAGGCUAUGCUCAAGGGAUUCCAUUAGCCCUCACAGCUAUGGGUUCACUUUUAUAUAAGAAAAGUAUAGAUGAAUGGCAGUCUAUAUUAGAACGGUACGAAAGAGCUCCUGCCUCAAAUAUUCAUGAAAUCCUCAAAAUAACUAAAAAGGCACUGGACCAUCACAUCAAAAGACCCGAAGAAAAUGUCCUCACCAAUGUUGAAGAACAUGCUGGGGGACUAAAUGAAGUUGUAAAUACUGCAAAGUUGCUUGGAGUUGAGACAUUCUCCCGUACUCAAGAAGAAGAAAGGAUUCAAGGACAUAUUAAUAGAACUGACGAUGUCACAAUAGUUUGGAUCGUUGAAAAAAAAUUCAUAGGGGACCCUAAAGGGUUAUUUGAGGGAUGCUUCAAUAGAAUGGAACAAAAUGAAGAUGAAAACAAUGUAAACUUGGUUGAAGGAGAUGAGACAUUCUCCAGUAUUCAAGAAGAAGACUUGCUAGGAAAACCUCCUGGAACUGAUGAUGCACUAAACAAAGUUGAAAACACUGAAAAGUUGGUUGAAGGAGAUCAGACAUUCUCCAGCACUCAAGAAGAAGAUAGGCUUGAAGGAAAAAUUCAAGGAACUAACUAUAUUACAGGACAAAAUGAAGAUGAAAACACUGAACAGUUGGUUGAAGGAGAUAAGACAUUCUCCAGCAGUCAAGAAGAAGACUUGUUGCUUCAAAGAAAAACUCCUGGAACGGACGAUGCACUUUACAAAGCUGAAACCACAGAAAAGUUGGUUGACGGAGAUGAGACAAACUCCAGCAGUCAAGAAGAAGAUAGGCUUCAAGGAAAAAUUCAAGGAACAGACGAUAUUACAGAGCCAAAUGAAGCUGAAAGCACAAGUACUCAAGUAGUAGAAACAGUUGAAGCAAAAAUUCUUGGAACUGAAGAUGUGACAGGAGUACUAAUUGAAGCUGCCAGCACUAAUUGUUUGCUCGAAGGCGAUGAAACAUUCUCCAGUACUCUGGAAGUAGAAACUCUUCAUGCAAAAAUUCCUGAAACUGAAGAUGUUACCGGAAUAACUGAAGCUACAAGCGUUGAAAAGUUUCUUGAAGGGGAUGAGGCAUUCCCCACUACUGAUGCAGUAGAAAGGCUUCAUGAAAAAAUUCCUGGAAGUGAUGGCGAUAUUACACACGAUUGCGUUGAAAAGUUUAUUGAAGGUGAUGAGAUAGCCUCCGGUACUCAAGCAUUACAAACACUUCAAGGAAGAAGUCCUAACACUGACACUGAGGAUGUCACAGGAGUAAAUGCAACUGAAGGCACUGAAGGGUUUCCUGGACGAGAUGAAACCAGCUCCGCUACUGAAAAAUUGGAAAUGCUACGUAUCCAUAUUGACGAUGUUAUAGCCGAUACGGUGGAGUGGAUAUUUUUAAUCCUUAGCUUCUUCCUGGAGAUCCUUGCAGCUAUUUGUGAUCAGUUUUUCUCCCCAGGAAAUCCCCAGUUUGCACUCACUGGUAUGUGGUUGGCUUCUGUGGCUCUAUUCUUUUACAUCUGCGAACUCAUUCUCAAGUGUAAAAAUGGAGAAAGCUCAAGCCCGCGUUUAGAAAUGUUUCCUGACAUUUUUGGAUUAAUUUGUGGAAUCUCUCAGUGGCUAUCCACCAUAGCUCGGUUUGUGUGCAUGCUUAAGGGCAUGGAGAGUCCUUUCAAAGUAAACAUUCUGCCCGUCAUCUUUCUUGGGUGUCUGGGUGCGCGCAAACUAAUUGUCAAUAAUAAAAGGUGCAAGACAGAAAACAGGAUUGAGCUGACCUCCAUAGUUCAUGUCCCCAAAAACGGACCAACUCCAGACGAAGCACAAACCGAAAAAGGAUCCUGA